UUUUCAGGGUUUAUUUUCCGGGGGACGUCAGAGCCGAUCAUGGCGACUCUCAGCGGUAGUCGUGGGGAUCGUCUCGGCAACUCUAUUCAACAAAAGUCUCCUCUUGCUUCUCCGGAGAAAGUUCGUGAAAUUCUUAAUGAGGGGGUCUCAUCGAUAGACGUCGGAUCCGCCAGUGCACAAGGAAAUCUGAAAGUUCUGGAAGUAAAAAGCAACACUCAAGCACCUUGCGAGGCAACGAACAAAGAAGCAUUUUUCUCAAGAGUGGAGUCCUAUUCAUGUUUGAAAUGGGCAGGCAAACCCCGCAUACUGUCGCCUCUGAUGUGCGCCAGAUAUGGCUGGAUCAACGUCGGCUGUGAUAUGCUCAAGUGCACCAGCUGCCAGGCUUUCCUCUGUGCAUCACUACAACCAACUUUAGACUUUGAAAAAUAUGAAUCCCGCAUUGCAGAGAUAUCGAGGCAGCUUCAGACACAGCAUGAGAAGUUUUGUCCUUGGCCUGACUUUCCUUGUCCAGAGCGUUUCUGGCUGGUUCCAGCCUGUGAACCAUCAACACUUCUCACUGCCUUCUUAGAUCGCUUCCAGAGUGCCUGUCUCCUUGCACAGCAGCUGCCAGCUAUGAAGCCAGAGCAGCUGAAAUCAAUGUCUUUGACUGAGGAUGUUAUCAGUGUUAUAUUGCAACUGAUCGAGGAAGAACAAAAAAGAAAGGGAGGGACUCUGUGUUCUGAACCUUUGGCUGUCCAGGUGGCUGCGUGCAUCGUUUCUCUCUGUGGCUGGGCGGCAAGCCCAGCUCUGCAGGCCAUGAACCUGCCCAUCCUCACCUGCUCCUACUGCAUGCGCAAGGUGGGUUUGUGGAACUUCCACCAGAUGGAGGGAAUGGGGGGUGAUGGAGAUGCCUUACCAAACACUGUAGGACAGUCUGCUCAAGCAACAGGUCCCGCUUCAGCAGCAUCGCAUGAGGGCCAGGGAGACCAUUCUACGUCUGCCUCACCCACCCCUGCCACAACUCCAUGUCGCAUGAAACUGAGGAGCCAGGACUCCACCCGCGCUGACCAGGGUGAGGGAACCUCCUCCCCUGUGGCUUUGCGAGCCCGAAGCAGAGACUCACCAAGCCCCAGUGAAGAGCUGCCAAGUCCCUUGACCAGAGGCAAAAGGCCUGCAACUCGCAGCAGAGGACAGGGGGACAACUCUGGGGCUGAUGGCACUGCUAGCCUGCAACACCCUCCCAAACGCCUGUGCCUCUCAUCAGUUGGUGGUCCUGAUGGGCUCCUGCACAAAAAUGCGUUUGACCCUCUCGCUCAGCACAGAGACUGGUGUCCCUGGAUUUCUGUGGGAAAGGAGAAUUUGGACCCAGGGGCCAUCCCCGCUUUGGGUGGAGGCUCAGCAUCUCAUCAGCAGGGCUGGAAGGCUGCUCUCGACCUCCUCAUGCCCAUGAAGAACUCUGAUACAACGGGAGGCAGUCCAGCACAGCAGGGCCCUCGUGACAAGUCUAAAAGGGUGUUUGCUAUUUUCCGUCAGUGGCAGGUAUCCUCCUCUCCGUCUCAGCAGACUGUUCUCAACCAAACAGCAUUGCAGCACUGAAGUGAUGAACUGACCUGACCUGCCCUUUUUUGCGGUACAGAAUUGGUAGUACCAGUGACAGCAGUGUCAUAUCAUAUCAGUGUAUGCCAUCCCUUAAAGUCAUGUUUACAGUCAAAGUGUUUCUGGGGCGAAAAGGAAGUUGAUUGUGUCUUCAGGCGAAUGAAUAAGUGUCUUCUCUGUUAAUAGUGAAAUAUGUGAAGGAUGCCUGUGUGGUGUUAAAACAUUUGAAUUCUACUACAUGAAAACUGGGAUGUGCAACUACUGGGGCAUACAUAGGCCUUGCAUCAUGUGUGUACAUAAGUAGUCAUCAACUAAUAGAACACAUCUCAGUAUAUGAAUUGGCCACAAGCAAGGCAUCUACUAUUAACCUUACAUGAAGUCUGCUUUGGUAGUCCUUCAUGACAUUGUGAUGGUCUUGAUUUCUGUGGAAUACAAGAGACAAGGAAUCCUUGAUCAUGAGAAAGGACCAAAUGGCUCGACACUGGAAAGGUAAUGUUUACCUUCACUGUAUGUUGAGUCAUUUGUGGGAGCGGCAAACAUUAACCUCAGAUUAGCAAAAAAACUGUGAGGAAGUCCUUUUUGUGUGUGUACUGUUUUGCUUGAAAAGCAAUGUGGAUAUGAGUUCUCUUUGAAAAGAACAGAAUCCUUUUUGUGAGUAAUGAAAUGUUUGAAAGUCAGUGCUAAAAUCCUGAUUAUUGCAGGCAGGUGGAACCACGUGCCAUGAACAUCAAACCUGUUUUAAAUUAGAUACCUUUCCUUUUCGCCUUCCUGUGACAUCUCAUUGCUAAUGCAGUUCUCUCUAUCCUGCAUGUGCUUUUAUCUUUGUAGAAUUUCCUAAAAGGGUUUAAUAAAAUGCUCCUCUUGUUUGUUUCACUUGA